AUGGGGAAUUGUUUAGCUAGUCGCAAGGAUCCAGUACCAUUAGCUUUUGAUUAAGCUGAAUAUUAAGCACUUAAUAACUAGUUCCACUAUUAUUGUGAAUUAAGCAGCUAGUAAUUUAAAAGUAUAUUUAAGAACACGAGAUGCAAAAGGAUUGAACUAAAAAUCAUUUGAAGAUAUUUUCUGUGAAAAUCCAUCUUUUGGAAUUAAAUUAUUCAAAUUUUUAGAAGCAUAUUCUGGAUCUCAGGGAUUGAUUAAGAAAGAACCUUUGUUUGAAUUUUGUAAUAUACUAUCUAAUAAAAAGUGGAAUUAUUGGUGAAAGAUGUCCAAACUAAUAUACAAACAUUUAAGAACCUAGAGAGAUUUGAAUUAAUGUCAUUAAUUUCAUUAUAAGAUUCUAAAUUUUUAGCAACCAAAGAGGAAUUAGCAUAAUUGCAAUUGACAUAUUUAGAUACUAUUGGAGUGAUUAAAGUAAUGCAAUCUUAUAAAUAAGGAUUUAAUUAAAAUGCAUUAAAUAGGUAAAAAAGCAGUAUCUACUAAUGAGAGAUAUAUUAAGACUUUGGUUGAUAUGUUAUAUAGUAAUAAUAUAAAAUAUUAUAUUAGAAAAUGAAGCAGGUUCUUUAUCUUGGGUUAAUUUAGUAGAAUUUGUUACAAAAUAAAUGCCAGGAACUAAAGAAACAAUUAAACUCUAUUUUUAGGCAAAAUUUAUGGGAAAAUAAAUUAAUGUAAAAAUUAUAAAAUAAAAAUAGAAUUUUAUUCCUGUUGUAAAUACACCAUCUUAUUUCUUAACUGAUGAAUUAUGUUUCUAAUUAUCACUUAGUACAAAUUCAGUCUUAAAAAAUUGUUCAUAAUUAACUUUACUUUAUUCCAAUAUUGCUCAUUAGGGUGGAUUUAAUUAAAUGGUAUAGGCUAUGAUAAGUAUUAUAUAAUUAAAUAUAUUAUUUAGAUAGUAAAUUACCUACAUUAUUAUUGGUUUAACAUGAAGAAAUUUAUGAUUAAAAAAUUAAAUAAUAGAAUUUUGGUGCUAUUACUAAUUUGAGAUGGUAUGACACUUAAUAAUAUUUUGGAACUAAAGAUGAUUGUAUUUUUAGUCUCUAUCCAUAUUAUAAGAUAUUUAAAUCAAAAAAAGGAGAAUAUAAUUAUUGUUAUUUAGAUUCCUAAAAAGGUUUUGGAUUUGGAGGCAAGAAUGCUGAAGGAUUCAGAAUUUGGAUUGAUAAAAACAUUGAAAAUUCAUAUUGUAAUCAAUUUGAUGAUACCUAUGAGAAUGGUCCAAUCGUACUUCCUUAUGUUAAAAAGCUCAAAAUCAAAAUUAUUGAAAUUUGGGCUAUCUAACAUCCUGCUGAUGAUUUAGAUGAUAAUACAGAAGUCAUAGUAGACUUAAAAGAUCCUCUCCUUUAAUAACCUGGUGAAGUAUAAUUUCCAGAUUCUAAUGCAGAUUAUUAUUGGGUUAGUUAGGAUUAAAAAAUUGAUGAAAAGAAUUCAGGAUAUUAUUGGGAAGUUUAAGAUGGGACAAAAUGA